AUGCAUUGCUCCAACCUCAUCUAUGCUUUGCUCAUCUCCGCCACUGGUGCGGUUCCCUUGGAAGAUUCUCCCUUCCCAGGAGCCCUCAGGUGGACUCCCAGCCAUCAGAUUCAGCCUGGAGAUGUCAUUGUUCCUGUGAAUGAUGUUUCCUACAUCGUUAAGGAGGAGACCUAUCUCGCCAAGCUCAAAGCUGAAGGCAUCAAGAUUGGUGCUCCCAAGCUGGACCCGUCUUGGACCUCCUACAACAGCACCGACCUGCCCAAGCCCAAGUACCCUAAAGCACCAAAGGGCCACUUUGGGAAGCGUGACGACUGCAGUGGCACCUUCUACAUCACCACCGACAAGACUGAGACCUUUGUCGACUGGGACGUGCAAAUGUCGCCUGUCGUCUGCGCCAAUGGGGACAUGGACAUCAGCGUGUCUUCAGGCUACAGCGUUUCCAACACCGUUGGAGGCAGUGCUGGAGUCGAUCUCACCUUCGUCAAGGACAAGCUGGCUGGGUCUCUCGGCAUCGACUACAGCCGCACCUGGACCACGCAGACCUCGGUCAUCACCAAGGCUACAAUCAAGGACGGUAACUGUGGUGUCAUGAUCACCAAGCCUCUCACCACUCGCCGUUCUGGUCGUCAGUUCCAAGGUUGCAUUGGAUCUGCCACCGAGAUUGGUACUUGGUACGCCGAUAGCCGUGGUGAGGGAAGCUAUAACGGCAUCACUUGGAUUGAAGGGGCCAUCUCUGCUUGUUCCAAGCCUGGUAGCAACCCUCCCCUGUCUCGCUGCAAUGGAGAGGGCAACUUCCGAUAA